UUAUAUGAUCAGUAAGAUGGUAAAAUGGUAUAUCACUUGUAUAGUGCUUUUCCACCUCUAAGGCACUAAAAAGCACUUUGACAUUGUUAGCACAUUUGCCGAAUGAUGACACGGUGUCAGGAGCAACUGGGGUUUCAGUAUCUUGGCCAAGGAUACAUCGACACAAUCAUGGUUUCAUGAUUUCCUUCUUUGCCAAAUCAACACCUUACAAAUAAUGAAUGUCUGAAUUAUGCUGGUUGUACUUCAGUUAACUUGAGUAUAUUUCCAUUGUCAACAGCAGUGUAGUAGAUAGGCGGAGCUAAUAACAGUGCUGUCUGUUGAUUGGUGAAGGGAAGUGGAUAGGAAAAACUUUUUUUUUUUUACCAACAGCUUAACCUUUCUCCUAUGUAUAUGUUUCAUGGCAGCAUAUCUUGGAAGCUAGUGGCCGUUUGACACUGAAAUGUAAUAUUACCAUUCAUGCUGCCCACACGAUGAACGACUUAACCUUCAUCUGGAGGACAGUUCAGUUUUCAGGAGGUGUUUAGUAUUUCAUUCAUUCAUUUUCUACAGUUAAGUCUGUUUGUGGGUGAGCUGGAGCCUAUACAUUCACUAACAAAAUUAGUUUAAAAAGAUCAAAUAAUAAUCUAUAGGUCUUUCAUGAUCAUUUAACAAUUAUAGAUCACUAUAAAGUCAUCCUUCUGGCUUUUCCUGCUUCAGAACAGGCCAAGUCACCGUUACAAAGGUCUUAAGAUAGUCGUGUUCAUUGUAGUAUUACCGAGUAGGCGGAGAUGUUCAUUGUCCUAUCACAUGACUGGACAGAAAUACAGUACACAUGUGUCAUCCAUUCUUUAGUUCAUGCACGUCAAUUAAUAGGCAGUCACGAGGUUUACUGCGUUUAAAUAGGUCUACUUCACAAUAGCCUGCCUAUAAUAAACAGUGCCGUCAAGAGCAGUGAAAGGAAAUCGGACCAGCACCGACAGUUACAUGAGGUGUCAUAUAACAGCUGUCAUGUCACAGUCAAAUAAGGUCGCCCUUGCUCUCAUGUUGUAUUUUUUGUUGUUGGGCAGAUAAUAUUACCGAUGUACAACUUUAUUUCUGUUACAUAAGCAAAGAACCAUGUCAUUAUUAUUAUUAUAUAUAUAUAUAUGACUCCACAUGAUUUUGUUAACCCAGUUCUAAUUUCGAUACAGAAUUAUUUUUGAUUCAUUCCCCUUGAUUUCCUGUAAUCCAAUAGGAGUGGGUAAAAAUAUUUGCAGGGGCACAGAGCUGCAGAAAGAUUAGAAGCCCAGCCGCAGCAGGAAGUGGAGUCUUGAGAGGCCAGAGGCAGAUGUAACAGUUUACCAGCACUUCAGUUUGCAAUGCGACAUAAAGGGGUACCAUGUUGUUUUUAGUUUCAGAGUGUUCAGCUGGUGAGGACAGGAGCUUUGAGACACUACACACACCCUGGGAUUCGGAGUAAACUUGCCUAUCUGAUGGGUGAAGAUUCUAAGUCCGAUCAGCAGACUAUCGGUUUAAGUUUUAGAAUACUUUCAGCCUCCAUAUAGGUUUUUAACCUCUGGGAUUCCUCUAGUUUCAAAGGUCAUGUGUUUGGGUCAUCUCUCCAAACAAAACCACUGACCUCCUCCGACUAAAAGCUGAGAUCAGCCCGGAGUGGAAUGUAGGAUGUCACCAGAGCUAUUUUGGCUAUGUGCAGCCACUAAUGAUUGUGAUCGCAAAGCACGGAGCAGUUGCUUUGCUUUGCUUUUUUUCCGACCACCAACAUUUAUCAUGCGGCACUCCCGAGCGCUGCAGGGAUUAGAGAGUUAAACGGAUGGCACACCGGCUUCGUUUGGAUUUCGCAUCAAGGAGAAGCAACACCGACCCUCUGUCAGAGAGCCUCAGCAGACAUGGUGAGGAGAGUGGAGUCAUUUUGUCAGCUGGUAGCCCCACAGAGAGUCUGGCGCACAGUUCUCUACACUUCAAGGUGACUUCGCUGUCACCAGACUAUGGAAAUUUACAGAGAUAUUCUUCCAUUUUCAUACCCAAGAUUAACCCCGGAGGAUGUAGUAAGAAGAGUGUUCUGCAGAUCGCGCUACAGCCUUGCGGCAAUCUCAGCGGAGGCCUGGAUGGCACUACAGCGGAUGGAGACCCUGGGAGCAAUGAAGGAGGAGCGGUUACAGGCUCGGACGGGGGUUCCUGUAGCAGCAGUAUGGCCAGCGAUGCCGGGUACUGUAGUAGCAACAGUAUCUUUGAACCAGAGACUCCAGAGAAACACAGGACCACCCAAGAGAAGAAUGUUCCCUGCUGCAAGUCCAAGGUCCCCUUGAGACGCUGUUCCUCCUUGGUUAUAUUCCCAAAGAGCCCCUGCAGCACACCACCUGCUUCUCCAGUAAGCCCGGUCGCUUUUCCUGCUCUACCAGCAACAAGAGCUCCUCUUCAAACACCUGCCACCGAUUCCUCUAGGGAUGAGGAGGACAGCACUUGGAAAGAGUUUGCCACCCUUGUAAGUGGCCAGCGUUGUCCCAAAGAAAACCAUUCGACCGACUGUCGGGACACUAAACAUAUGGUACAUUUUAGUAUUCCUCUACAAGACGAACUUAAAAACAACAUGGUGGACGGGAGUGAUGUGAUGACGGGACAGUCAUCAUCUCAAGAUAAACAUUAUCAUCGCUCAAGGAGCGUUCUGCUACACUUUGCCCGCCAGAGACCGGUUAAAGCGGCAUCAUUGUGUACAGUCAGUGCAAAAUAUCCCGAGGCUCCCUACUCGGUUUCAGAUCCCGGAGCGGAACGGGACCCUAAGAAAAAACUGUAUCGCAGUACCUCAGCUUGUUUGUUCUCCUCUGUGAAACCACCAGAGAAAAAGUUUUGCGCGUUAGAAAAAGGUCAGGAAAGGUCAGAGGAAAAUCACAGUCAUCGCGCCAUACAACGGAGCUUUUCCCUGGAGGUCCCCUACGCAAACACUGGGAUUUCAUGUCAUGUUUCAAACGCAAAUCUCGGUAGUCCUUGCUCUCCACACGUGCACAUUCAUCUGUCUCCGUGCUGUCCAUCUCAGUUGCCUAGCUUGGGUAAUAAUGCAAAGACGACCUGCAAAGGGGACAAUACCACAAAGAACUUGGCUCAUAGUGCUAAGGUGAGUGUUUUCUAUGUUUGAAGUUGACUCACACUCUCUUAGCCCCCCCCUCCAGCUCCAAACGCACAUAUUUCAUUCUUACUGAAAUGGCAAGCAGCUCUUACUGCAUGCACCAUUUUUACAGAUUGUGACAGAUAACAUCGGCAGUUUCCAUUUCAUUAAAAAGUUGUUAAACUGGUGGAAGAAGAUUCCACAGGUCCUAAAGCGACAUAACAAUGGUUUUGAAUGAGUGAGACGUUUAAGUGUUGAGUCUUGCAAAGCAAUCUACGCAUCUGCAAAUUAUUGUGCUCGUCUCAGGAUGAAUUGAAGUCAUUAUUUAUCCAAAAUGCAAUUUUUUUAUAAUCCGACACGAGCGAUGAUAACUACUACAUGGUUUUCUACAUUUAAUAUGGUUAUAUUUCUGCUCUGCUCCACUCCACUGGUCAUAAAACUCUUUGUAAUGACGGGAAGGAAUUCAGCUAACAACAGGCAAGAUGGAUACUCAGUAACUGAGAAGAUUGCUGCAGUUAGGACAUGCAAUUAACAACCCCGAUGUGGACAAACUCAUCGGUAUUCUGUUACAUUACAGUAAAACAGAUUGGUGAAUAGAACCACCGUGAAUCCGAAAUGCCCCUCACAUUGUGAGCUUUUCCAUUUUCAAGUAUGUGACCAUGAGUACAAUUUUUAGAAUGCUUACAAUAUGCCAUUAUUCUCUUUGCACUCUGAGUAAUCACCUUAAGUAUUAACCCGUUCUAAAAUUAGUGGUGAGAAAAGCACUGCCCCUUGCUGAUAUAAAUAAACUGCUUCUGAAAUGUUCCCCCUGACUCCAGAUAGUCUGCGUGAUACGAGAGUGGCGCACAGUCAUGCCAAACAUGUCUGGAAGUGGGGUGGGCUGGUUUUGCUGGGUGUCAACGUCGGCAGGGUGGGAGCGUCAGCCUUUCUCAGUAAUGGCAUGGUGUGCUCCCUUCUCUGUUGGUUCCCCUGCUAGCCUGUGUUUGUGAAGUAUCAGUUGCCUCCCAUUCCCCCAAUGCAUUUAGCAGCUUGUCAAGUAAGAGUCUGCAAUAUUUAAUCAGUGCUAAAUUUACUUCUUUGAAUCCAAAUUUUAUGUUUUGUAGAUUGCAUCAUGAGCGAUUGCUUUUCACUGACAUUUUAUGUUUAAUUUUGAAUGCACAUUUCUGGUUAGGGUUACACAUAUUCCUUGUUUCUUGCCUCUGGGUGGUCUCUUCAGUGUUGUGUCCAUGCAUUUUUAUGUUCAGCGAAGCUGCGUGAAUUACGUGGACUAGAUUUAUUUUUAUUUUUUUGCAUGUUUGUCACGCAUAAAUCAGAUUUAAAUACUAGUCAAUGAGAAAAAAAUCCAAUCCAUGCAACUUCCAUCCAUUUUAUGCCACUUCUCUUCACUAGAGCCACGGGGGUAUGCUGGAGCCUAUCCCAGCUUACUUUGGGGGAGAGGUGGGGUACACCCUGGAUUGGCCAGCCAAUCGCAGGGCACAUGUAGACAAACAACCAUUCACACUCACAUUCAUACCUAUGGAUAAUUUGGAGCCCCCAAUUAACCUAACAUAAAUGUUUUUGGAAUGUGGGAGAAAACCGGAGUACCCCGAGAAAAGCACGGAAGAACAUGCAAACUCCAGACAGAGAUGACCAAGCGGAUAUUUGAACCCAGGUCUUCCUAAUCUCCUGACUGUGUGGCCAUCUUGCAGCACCUGUUAAAACAUACUGUAACUAAGAUUAAUUGAGAUCUAUUGAGCUGGAAAAAAGAUGAUCGAGCCAUUGUUCUGUGAGUCCAGCAAAACACAGUGAGAGCCAUUAUCCACAAAUGGCUAAAACAUGCAACAGUUUUGAACCUUCCCAGAAGUGGCCGGCCAACCAAAAUUAACCCAAGAGCGCAGCAACAACUCAUCCAAGAGGUCACAAAAGACCCGACAACAACAUCCAAAGAACUGUAGGCCUCACUUGCCUGAGUUAAGGUCGGUGUUCAUGACUCCAUGUUUGAAUGGACUGAAGAAAAACAAAAUGAAGACUUUGGAGUGGCCUAGACAAAAUUUUGAUCGGAAUCCUAAUGUGGCAUGACCUUCAAAAGGUGGUUCAUGCUGGAAAAACCCUCCAAUGUGACUGAAUUACAACAAUUCUGCAAAGAUGAGUGGACCACAAUUCCUUCACAGCUCUGUAAGAGGCUCAUUGCAAGUUAACACAAACGCUUGGUUGCAGUUGAUGCUGCGGAGGGUGGCCCAACCACAUACUAGGUUUAGGGGGCAAUCACGUUUUCACAUAGGGCCACAUAGGUUUGGAUUUUCUCCUCCUUUAAUAAUAAAACGUUUCAUUUAAAAACUGCAUUUUGUGUGACAAACAUGCAAAAAAGGAUAUAUUGAGAAUUUGGCUUUGCAGAAGGUCUGUACUCGACUCAGCAGAUGUCUCUGAAGAAGUAGAACAACAGCAUAUACGGAAAAUGUUACCUCAUUUGUUUCACAACCAGUUUAACAGGUUGUUAAAGAUGAGUGGGGUAACUUAACACAUAGGUCAACUUUUAUCAGCUUAGGGCUGAUGUCAUGGGUUAAUCAACAACCGGGUGGUCAGUAUGUUAAACAAGAUGCAUAAAAACAGAUAUGAUUCCUCUGUUCUUUAUUUGGGUCAACAUAAUCUGAUUGUAAACACACACACACACACCUCAUUCAUUGCCAUAAAUGUCCACAGAUCACCAAUAACACAACACAGCAUCUGCUAGUCACAACCUGACCUACAUGCCAUUAUGGAGUUGCAGAAUGUGACAGGCAGAGUAUUACAGUGCACCUGCCACCAUGUUUUGUGUGUUUGGAGGGGGGGGGGGGUCUGCAUUUCCGAGUUCAAGUUGGAACUCCCCACAGAUUCCAUCAGGAUGGAUAGUGUUGUUGUUGUAAGAGAAGACAGCAUAUGAGAAAUAUAAAAAAAAUAUAUAUAUAUUAUAUUGAUUUACUGUGCUGAUUGCUUGUUUGUCAUGACAGUGAUAUUUAUUUUUUAUUUUGUGAAAGCAUUUCUAAUCACCUGAUUGGGACGACUCCAUUUUUGACACUUUGUAGCACUGCCGCUCCAAAAACAUUAGCUGGCUCGCAUGUCAGGAGUUAAGGUUUCACAAGCUCUGCGCUCCACCUGUCACAAGUAGUUUGAAGUGGCCAAGUAGAGCUGAAUAUCACUUACUUUGCUUGUGAGAUGCCUCAGCAUGUUUUUAGAGCUCUUUGCGACGCACCGUUUAAAAUUGGUGGACUUUUCUGACAUUGAAUUGUUAUCUUUGCCAUCAUGUCAACAUCGGUAGUUUGCCCAUUUUCUUUCCUGGAGAUAUGCAUUACUUUUUAAUCCAGCUGGGUUUGCCAUCGGCAUUAGCGAUUGUUGGCUCCAAGCAUACUUUUACAGCACUUACUUGGUAAAAAGUUGCUCUGUCACAAGAUCAUUGCAGGUUCAGUGUUGACAAUUUAAAGAGCCUUUUGCCUUAAGCAAGCCAUUGUGAGUCUGACCAUCUCUUGUGAGACUCAAAUGCACCACAAUGUAUGUAAAGGUUGGACUAAAACUGAACUUUGAUGUCAAGUAGGGAGCCACAAAGUAUGGCCCCACGGGUCGCAAGUUUGGGUCCCCUGAUACUGUAUAUGGUAUAAUUACACAGUACAACAUUCAUUGCAUUGGAGGCACAGUUGUGACUGCAAAGGUUGUCAGUGUAUGACAAAUACUGCUUAUUGAAAGUAAAAUAAACGUUGUCUUGAAGGCAUACUCUGCCCAUAAGAGGGAGGAGGCGAUCUGUUUCCUUAUCAGGACAUAAGGUCUUGUAUGAAUGGAGGACAGGUCGACAACAGUGAUAUUAUUCUUGCCACUGCCCUGGCAAGAAUAAUAUUGCAUUUCUAGCUUGGUUGUAGGCCAAUGCAAACCUGACAACAAUGGAAAUGAAUGACAACAAACAAAAUUGCAUUUAUUUGAAGUUGACAUUGUUGCGCUACAUAUCUUCUUCUGCAGGAAGUAACAAUCCGAGAGUUUAGCACAUUGUCUGUGUUGGCACUGUUAGAAUGAGGUAUUGUUUGCUAUGUAUGUAACUAUUCGUUUGGGAGUUUAUGACCCCGGAAGUUUGAAUCUGUGAAUAUGUUUCUAAGUUUACUGCAGUAGUUCACAUUAGCCGUUACAAGUGAACAGAUCACUUUUGUUAUAGAUAUAAGCAUCUUACCGCUGAGUUGGUUUAUCCCUAAUCAGAAUAAUAAAUAGGAAAGUUGCAUCUCCAUGUCUUGUGUGCUGUCAUGUCAAUACUACCAUGUCAUGAUAGUAACUGUGGUCUGUG